AUUAAUUGAAGCAUGGAUAGGAAGAACAAGGACCUGUGGUCCUUUGGCCGCAGUGACAGCGACAGCGAUAAAUCCUCCGGAAACGAGACUCCCUUCUUGACCAGAUCCUCGAGCAGCUCCAGCGACAACAGCAGCAGCGACAGUUCCGACGAAAAGGCGCAGUCCAGCGAAACGGAGAACCUCCCCCUGCCCGGAGGCAGCUAUGAUAUUAUAACCAAGAGCAACAUGCAGCAGUUUGUGCAGAAAAUCGACGGGAAUUCCUCGCUGGACGAUCAGGGCUGCGAUUUGAUGGCCACAAUCGCCGACUCCUUCGCUGAUGACGUCUCCAUGCGCAUUGUCAAGUUGGCCCAGUACCGCAAGAGCCGGGUGGGCCUACUGGACCUGAAGUUCGUCCUCAAGAGAGAAUACAACAUGGAGUUCCCCAACGAAUAAAUUAGAAAUAAGUCAUGUUAUAUCAUUGAUUUUGAGUGGAAUAAAAACUACCUAUAACUUUAAA